AUGGUGAUCAGCAGGAGGGAGGAUCUCUGUGGAAAUAUCCUGCUAGAUUUUAUAUUUAACUCAUCAACAGAUCACCCUGAAAGAACCAAGCCGGAGCAUUUACCCUCCAGCCAAGGCCCUCUGUCGUCUAUACGAGCUGCUAUCAAACGAACAAGAGCAAACUCUCAGUGCGAACAUACCAGAGACAGAAGGCGACCAGAGAUCACCAUCGUCUCAGCAGAACCUCUGGCCAGUAACAACUGGUUCCCGGGAGCCUCUGUGGUUUUCACUCCUCCUCCUCCUCAGUCAGGCUGGUCUGCAGGCAUCCAGGCCGUCUCCCAGCCCCCACCAUCCUAUGACCAGGUGAUUCAAGAGAAGACCCAGGAAGAGCACAUUGUCAAGCCCACUGCAGCCCCCCGCCGGCCCACCUGCACUACCACAUGUGCCACACAGACUGACCCUGUGAGGGACAAUACCGCCACCACUGUCCCACAAUCAGCUGAGAAAAGACCUGCUGGUAAAACACCACAAAAACCACCGAGGCCAUCACUGCCCAAACCAGUGGACAUAGAACCACUCACUGAAACUGUCACACCUUCUGAUGGGAAGGUGGGAACAGAUACUACAGCAUCCACAAACACUGAGGACCAAAGUGGCUCUAAAUCUGAUGUAAAGCAACAUAACCAAGAAGAUCCCACUCAUACAUGCACCAGAUCUGUUACAGUAUACUGGGAUAUUCCUGUAAACCCUGUCUCUGCUCCUGCUGAAGCGACUCCCUCUUCUUCAAACUCAGAACCCAGUCAACGCCCCGUUCCACUUCCUCGCACAAAAUCCCGAAAGCAAGCAACUCCAGAGAAGGUCAAUGAUAAGUCUUUGGUCGAGCUCAGUGAAAAUUGUGACAGUGUUCACUCUGAUGCGGAGGAGGCAUCCUCAAAUAAGUAUUUAAAGGAAUUAUUAGAGGUCUUUAGUGCAGAAAACCAGUGUGAGGAGAACGGUGACAUCGUUAACCAAUCAGACGAGGCCUCUCAAGGUGAAGAUGCUGUUGGCGAGAUGAACAACAACAACAGUCAACGUAAUAUUCGGGCCAGGAUCCAGGCCUUCGAGAGCCAGGCCGGCACAGAGGAAGGAAGUGUGGCUGAAUCAGCCAAACCAGAACCUCGACCAAGAAAGGCAGCCAUCAAACCUCCAGUCGCUGCUAAACCUUCUGUGUCUCUUAAACCUCAGUUUGACCACAGUGCAGAUGAUUACUAUCAAAAUGUCUCAUCCAUAAAUGUAACCCAAAACCAUACACCGGCCCCGAGACCUCAGCCCCCUAAAAAAAUGGCGGCGCUGUCUAUAAAAGAGGAGCUCGAGACUUUACACAGCAAGGCAGCCAUUCCCAACAGAUCACGUCCCUCUGUACUGACCAGAGCCAACAGCAUCUAUGAAGAAGAGCCCUCACCUCUUCCUCCUGUACCUCCAGUGAAGCCGUUCAAGGAGCCUCUUAAACCCAACCUAAACAUAAACAACCACAACUCGGCCUCCAUCAUCAGUGAGAAUGAGUGUGUGAACAGUCUAUCCGAUCAUAUCCCAGUCAAGCCCCAGCGUAAUGUGGACAGCAACGGAGGCUCGUUCUCUAGACAAAGUGCAGCAAGGAGACCAACCACCAUCAGGGUCCCCAGCAAAAGUGGUUCACUCUCAGAUCAUUUUCAGGACAGUCCUCCACCUCUCCCUGUCCAGAAGCCUGUAGGCUCCCUAAACACCUCAGUCUACCACAAACAAAACUCGACACCCAUCCUCCCCUCCCAGGAGUCUUUCCAGAUUGGGCCAGAGCCAUCGCUACCACCUCGGAGGCACAGUACAACCAAAAUCCUCCCACCUCGCCCACCUCCAGCCAAAACAGGCCCCGGAAGACCCCCUCCACCCAGCCUUAAGGCCACAGGUCGAUCCGUUUCAGCACCAUGGGACACUUCACCCAGACCCCAGGCACAGAAGCCCCACAGGAAAGGACCUGUCUUACCUCCAAGGCCCAACCCAGGCCACCGUCUCUACAACAAAUACACUCUUGAACUUCCCCAUGGAAUAGCAGCCUUUGAUUACAAUGGGAGCAACACAGGAGAGCUGUCAUUUCAGAAAAAUGAAGUGCUUCUGCUGCUAGAAGAGAUUGACCGUGAUACAUUUGAGUGCCAAGUUGGAGACACCAGAGGCAGAGUCCACAAGUCGCGCAUGAAGGUUAUAACUCCUCUUGCCUCAGACAUGUACCCACCACAGGGUGCCGGACAAAGUGCUACAGGCAGAGACGGUUAUGGGAAAAAAGUGCAGGUUAUACAUGACUUCAUCCCAGAGGGUCCAGGAGAGCUGGGUCUGAGAGCAGGAGACGUUGUGACCAUGGUGGAGCAGGUGGACAAUGAGUGGUACAGAGGCACUUGCAGGGGAUCUACUGGGUUCUUUCCCAUGAAUUAUGUCAAAGUCCUGUCAGAUUCACCAAAAACCCUCCCUGGAAGGAAACCGAAGCCGCCAUCUGCAACAGCCAGCGGUCCACGAUGUGUGGCGAGGUUUGACUUUGAGGGGGAGCACAGUGAUGAGCUGUCGUUCUGUGAAGGGGAUGUGAUCCAGCUGAAGGAGUACAUUGGACAGGAAUGGGCUCGGGGACAGAAUGGCGUCUCAACUGGAAUCUUCCCUCUUAACUUUGUGGAGGUGAUUGAAGAUCUGCCUCCGCCUCCGAGUCAGCAGCAGACGCAGACACAGCCCAGCAGAAUCGCACUGCCUGGCAUGGUGGUUUCUCCAAAUGUCAGUGCUGAGGUUUCCAAACCCACUCAGGCGUCUCAGUCCAAAGUGGACUGGGCGGUGGCUCUGUACGACUAUGCCGGGAAGUCAGAAGACGACCUGUCCUUUCAGCAGGGCGACUGUAUCCUGAUCACCCGCCAUAUUAACGCUGAAUGGAGCUGUGGCAGGCUCAACGGCAAAGAAGGCAUGUUCCCCAGGGCAUUUAUUGAGAGCAACACAGCUCCGCAGUCAUACAACAGCCAGCAGAACGAAGCAGCUGGUGGUGAGAGAGCCAGAGCUCUGUAUAACUUCACAUCAGACUGUGAUGAGGAGCUCUCUCUGCAGAUUGGGGAUAUUAUAACCAAGCUGGAGUCCAUUGAUGAAGAAUGGUUCCUGGGUGAUUUGAGAGGGAAGCGGGCCUUGGUCCCUAAAAACUAUGUUCAAGUACUGGGAUAGUGGCAAGUGGCAUUCAGCGGGACACUGUGGUAGACCAGAGGAGAAACUACAUCUGAGGACAGAUGCUUUCAGCAGUGGAAAUCUGAAGUGAACUGCCUUUAUCUGGAAUGCAGUAUUUUCAUCUCCAAGUAGUGCAACAUAUUUUAUAAUCUACAGCAUUAACUUCAGAAGUGUUAACUGAAUAAUUUAUCAUGUUAUGAAUAAAUAUUACAUUAAAGCUG